AUGAUAACGGCACAUCUAACCUACGCUAACGUUAUCAAUUACCAGUUUCACGAUGAUAACGAUAAUGAGGUGAACGAAUGUAUCGAGCGAUCAAUGGAAGCGCUAAUGGACGAGACUUGUCUGUUCUUCCGACAGACCGCUGACCAGGACGCUUUUGUUACUUUCGUUCAGUCGGCGUAA